AUGUGCCUUUAUGCUUGCGUCCUCAUUCUCUUGAAGUUCACCUCGGUCAACGAAGGGUCAUGGGUCGUCAAGUUCUUGAAUAUUGCCUGCUGUUUGGUGGGAGCCCUGAACCCGAUGCUCCCCGUCUCCUUGGUCAUGGGGCAGUCGGCGAGUGCCAAACGCUUGACGGAUGGCGAGAACUAUCAGAUCAAAUGCCUUCAGCCAGGGAGGAUUCCCAUUGCUGGCAAGAUUUCGACCAUGGUUUUCGACAAGACGGGCACCAUCACCAAGUCCAGUAUGGACCUAGCUGCCGUGCAUCCCAUCGCCGAUGCCCAGCUGCUGCGCUGCCAACGCCUCGACGGCGCGCCCGACGGCGCGUUCGCGGCCGGCGAGGCCCUGUGGCGGGCGCUGCGGCGAUGCCAUACGGUGAAGCAAUUGCAAGACGGCCGCAUGGUGGGCAACGAGCUGGAGUGUGCCAUGCUGCGGCGCAUGCGCGAGAUGGGUGAUGAGGUGCCCGAGGACGCGAGCGUCACCGUGCGGGAGUUGGAAUUCGAUCAUCAAAGCAUGACCAGCGGCGUGGUCCUGCGCAGAGAGCGCGACGGCUUCUUGGAGGUCUUCCUGAAGGGAAGCCCCGAGAAGAUCAAAGCAGCUGCUCGAGCCAGCUCCUGCCCCAGCGACUAUGAUGCCACCGUCACCGAAUAUGCCAAGGCCAACUACUACACUAUUGGGGUGAGCCACAAGAUGCUGCCGCAAGACCUGACCCAUCAGGAGGUGUGUGCCUUGGCCCGGGAAGAGCUGGAGAAGGAGGCCGACUUGGUGGGGCUUUUGCUUUUUCAGAAUGAGAUGAAAGCGGAGGCGCCAGAGGCCAUCCGGCAGCUGAAGGAGGGCAACGUUCGUUCGGUCAUUUGCACUGGCGACAGUGCCCUGACGGGGAUCGCCAUCGGUCGGCAAUGCGGCAUCGUGGAGAAGCCCAUUUUGCACGCGGUGCUGGCAGAGGGCCAGUUGAGGUUCAGCGACGAGAAGGAUCAACAGGUUUGUGAUCCUUUGGAUCCUCGCUAUCAGCUGGCUUUGUCCUGUAGUGCCUGGCGGCAUUUGUGCGAGCAUGAGCCGGAGCUCUUGCAGGAGAUUUGGCCUCGCUGUGUGGUCUUUGGCCGGAUGAAGCCCGUCGACAAGAUCAACGUGAUCAAGCUCUUUCAACGUCAGGGGCUGAUUGUGGGCAUGGCCGGCGACGGCGGCAACGACUGCGGCGCGCUGCGCGCCGCGCACGCGGGGCUGGCGCUGUCGACGGCGGAAGCCUCGUUGGUGGCGCCGUUCUCGACGGGGCGGCAGGAGAAGGUGUCAGGGAACCAGAUCACCUUGCAACUCGGAUGA